UGAGAGAAUGACGCAGAUCCGCUGCUUCAGCGACGCACGUGUGGAAAUCAGCACUGCACGCUAUUAGUGUGUCAACAGACACGAUUAUAUUUAUGAUUUAUUAAACUGUAAGCUCACGUCUCCCUUAGGUAGUUCGAUAUACUUGUAUAUAUAUAUUUAUAUAUAGUAUCGCCUGUUUUAAUCAGGAGCGUGUGAAGUUUAUUUGGCGAGUGCGGCACAAAGAUGUUUUCAGAUCUGGAUCUGAUCAGAACUAUCGAUGAUAAUGAUGAAGGUCCUGAGGAUCCGGACUCAGCGUCUGACGAUGAAGCCGAGCAGCCCAUCGUGUUGAGUAAGCAGAAGCGCGCUCUGAAGGGCCGCGGCGCUGGAGAGUUCAGCGCAGGUUUUGAAUUCGGCGAGCGGGAAGGACUGUACAGCGAGGACUGGGCCAUGGCAGACGUGAUGGCGCAGCUCAAGAAGAGAAAAGCGCCCACUACUCUGGACCAAAAGAUCGAGAAAGUGCGGAAAAAGCGCAAAAUUGAGGAAAAAACUCAAAAAGAAAGCAAGAAAACAGAAGCUUCAGCCUCUAAACCGGAAAACGACAUUGAUGAUGAAGAGGAGGAUAAAGAAGAAGAUGAAAAUGACGAUGAUGAAGAAUCCGGUGGAGAUAAUGAUGAUGAUGAUGAUGAUGAUGAUGAAGAGGUAGAUGAAGAUGAGUUCUCAUCAGGUGAUGAAGAGGUGCUCAAAAAAGCAGACACUUUGAGAGAAAAACAGAAGAAAGGCAAGAGGAAAACAGCAGAAACUUCUGAAGCGUUUUUUGAAGACGCCUCGCAGUAUGAUGAGAACCUCACCUUCCAGGACAUGAAUCUGUCCAGACCUUUACUGAAGGCCAUCAGUACUAUGGGCUUUAAGCAGCCCACUCCCAUUCAGAAAGCCUGCGUCCCUGUGGGGCUGCUGGGAAAAGACAUCUGUGCAUGUGCCGCCACUGGCACUGGAAAGACGGCGGCCUUCAUGUUGCCGGUGCUGGAGCGUCUGAUCUACAAGCCCAGAGAGACGCAGGUGACGCGUGUGCUGGUUCUGGUGCCGACCCGAGAGCUGGGCAUCCAGGUGCACUCCGUCUCCCGCCAGCUGGCUCAGUUCACCAGCAUCAGCACCUGCCUGGCUGUGGGUGGGUUGGACCUGAAGUCUCAGGAGGCGGCGCUGAGGGUGGGGCCAGACGUCCUGAUCGCCACACCGGGACGCCUGAUCGACCACCUGCACAACACACCCUCGUUUGAGCUCAGUCAGAUCGAGAUCCUCAUCCUGGACGAGGCCGACCGGAUGUUGGACGAGUACUUCGAGGAGCAGAUGAAGGAGAUCAUCAGGAUGUGCUCCUAUCAGAGACAGACCAUGCUGUUCUCAGCCACCAUGAGUGAAGAGGUGAAGGAUCUGGCGUCUGUGUCGCUGAAGCAGCCGGUGAGGAUCUUUGUGAACAGUAAUACAGACGUGGCGCCGUAUCUCAGACAAGAGUUUGUGAGGAUCAGACCCAAUAAAGAAGGAGACAGAGAGGCUAUUGUUGCAGCUCUCCUGACCAGAACGUUUCAGGACCACGUGAUGCUCUUCACUCAGACGAAGAAGCAGGCUCACCGCAUGCACAUCCUGCUGGGCUUGAUGGGGUUAAAGGUUGGCGAGCUUCACGGAAACCUGUCGCAGACGCAGAGAUUGGAGAGUCUGAAGCGUUUCAAGGACGAACAGAUUGAUAUUUUAGUGGCUACAGACGUGGCUGCCAGAGGUCUGGAUAUAGAGGGAGUCAAAACUGUGAUAAACUUCACCAUGCCCAACACAGUGAAGCAUUACGUGCACAGGGUGGGCCGAACGGCUCGCGCGGGGAAAGUGGGCCGAUCCGUGUCUCUCGUGGGUGAGACUGAGAGGAAGAUGCUGAAAGAGAUCGUUAAAAAAGCCAAAACCCCCGUCAAAGCUCGAGUCAUUCCUCAAGAGGUCGUGCUGAAGUUUCGGGAUCUGAUUGAGAAGCUGGAGAAGGACGUGUACGCGGUGUUACGCUUGGAGAAGGAGGAAAAGGAAAUGGCUCAUUCAGAGGCGCAGAUCAGUUCGGCUCAGAAGAGGUUAACACAGGGCGCAGACGAGAAACAGAUGCCCAGGACGUGGUUCCAAACGCACGAGGAGAGAAAGAAAGAGCGCAUGACAAAAGCGCUGCAGGAUUUUGAUUUGGCUCUGAGAGGAAAGAAGAAACGUGCGCAGUUCCUGAAACAGGGCAAGAAGAAAGAGUUAACGGCGGAGGAGAGAGCUCAGUUCGAGGUGCUGAAGUCUCAGAUGUACGCCGAGCGAGUCGCCAAGCGUGAUCGCAAGCCUAAGCGAGCCAGAGCCAUUCCUGAAGAAGAACCUGUGAGGAAAGUUUCCAAAGACAAGGGCGGCAGAAAGAAGUCUGUGUUUGACAAGGAGCUCACGAACACCAGCAAGAAAACUCUGAAGCAGUACAGAGCCGGGCCGUCCUUCGAGGACAGGAAGAGACUCGGCAUUCCAAACAAGAAAGGAGGACGCUUCAAGUCGAAGACCAGGUACAAAAGAAAGUGAAGCCGUGCCUGAUGUGUCCGUGAAACAUCACCCUCUCUAUCGUUUUAUCAUCAUCCUCCCUCCAAACUUUCCCCAAAAUAAACCUCUACAACUUGUUUAACCUGUACUUCUGUUUAUCAUGGUAGAGCAGAGUAAAUAUGAACCAAUGACUAAUGAGCAUCAGAAAUCAAAUUGAUUUCCCUCGAUUCAAGCCAAAUGAUUCCUGCAGAGCGAGAUGAUUAAUCAGUGUCCGGUGCAGGAAACUCCUUUAUCAGACGAAUUUAAAGAGAAUGCAGAAAAACUCUCCCUGUAACCAUAAAAAAAAAAAAAAA